AACAUGAGUGCUCGGCGAGAAGAGCUGAAGGACCGGACCAUCAUCAGAAUAGCGGCCCACCUGCCGGACCUCAUCCUCUACGGAGACUUCUCCCCGGCACGGCCCUCUGUGGACUACUUCGAUGGCGUCCUGAUGUUUGUGGAUAUCUCAGGCUUCACGGCCAUGACUGAGAAGUUCAGCACUGCCAUGUACAUGGACCGCGGGGCCGAGCAGCUGGUGGAGAUGCUCAACCACUACAUCAGCGCCAUAGUGGAGAAGGUGUUGCUUUUUGGAGGAGACAUCCUGAAAUUUGCAGGGGACGCGCUGCUGGCCCUGUGGAAGGUGGAGCGGAAGCAGCUGAAGAACAUCAUCACGGUGGUGGUCAAGUGCAGCCUGGAGAUCCACCAGCUGUUCGGGGCCCAGGAGUCGGAAGGCCUGGAUGUCCGAGUCAAGAUAGGACUGGCCGCCGGCCACAUCACCAUGCUGGUCUUCGGGGACGAGACGCGGAACUUCUUCCUGGUGACCGGCCAGGCGGUGGACGACGUGCGGCUGGCGCAGAACAUGGCGCAGAUGAACGACGUUAUUCUGUCGCCGAACUGCUGGCAGCUCUGCGACCGCAACAUGAUCGAGAUCGAGCGGAUUCCGGAUCAGAGAGCAGUGAAGGUUAAUUUCCUAAAACUACCCCCGACUUUUAACUUCGAUGAGUUUUUCAUGAAGUGUAUGAUGUUCAUGGAUUAUUACCCUUCUGGCGACCACAAAAACCUCUUGAGGCUCGCCUGCAUGCUGGAGUCUGACCCUCAGUUGGAGCUGUCCCUGCAAAAGUAUUUGAUGGAAAGCAUACUGAAGCAGAUUGACGACAAACAGCUUCGGGGGUACCUGUCUGAGCUGCGCCCCGUGACCAUUGUGUUUGUGAACCUGAUAUUCAAGGACCAGAACAAAGCCGAGGUGCUAGGCCCGGCCAUCCAGGAGGCCUCCGUGCACAUCAACUCCGUCGUGCGGUUCUUCCGAGGCCAAAUCAAUAAAGUCUUCAUGUUCGACAAGGGCUGCUCCUUCCUCUGCGUCUUCGGGUUCCCCGGGGAGAAGGCGCCCGACGAGGUCGCUCACGCCUUGGAGAGCGCCGUGGACAUACAUGGCUUCUGCUCUCAGGUCCACAAGAUCUACACCGUUUCCGUGGGCGUGACCAGUGGGACUGUCUUCUGUGGCAUCGUGGGACACUCGGUGAGGCACGAGUACACAGUCAUUGGUCAGAAAGUCAACAUCGCGGCCAGAAUGAUGAUGUACUACCCGGGCAUCGUGACCUGCGACUCCGUCACCUACAACUGCAGCGACCUGCCGGCCUACUUCUUCAAGGAGCUCCCGAAGAAGGUCAUGAAAGGCGUGGCGGACCCCGGGCCCGUCUACCAGUGCUUGGGCCUGAACGAGAAAGUCAUGUUCGGGAUGGCGUACCUGGUCGGCAACAGGAACGAGUGCUACCCGCUGCUGGGGCGCGAGAGGGAGAUCAACUACUUCCGGAGCACCAUGAAGGAGUUCCUGACGUCCAACUGCAGCCAGGUGCUCAUGUACGAGGGGCUGCCGGGCUACGGGAAGAGCCAGAUACUCAUGGGCCUGGAGUACCUGUCCCAAGGUGAGAACCACAGGACCAUUGCUAUCGCACUGACUAAGGUCAGCUUCCACCAAAACUUUUAUACCAUCCAGAUACUCAUGGCCAACGUCUUAGGUCUGGACACCUGCAAACACUACAAAGAGCGGCAAAGCAACCUUCAGAGCAAAGUCAAGGCGCUGCUGGACGAGAAGUUCCACUGCAUCUUCAACGACAUUUUCCACGUCCAGUUCCCGAUUACGCGAGAGGUCUCCAAGAUGAGCGCCUCAAAGAAGCAGAAGCAGCUGGAGGCGCUGUUCAUGAAGAUCUUGGAGAAAACCGUGAAACAGGAAAGGAUCAUCUUCAUCAUCGACGAGGGCCAGUUUGUGGACCCGGCCUCCUGGGCCUUCCUGGAGAAGCUGAUCCAGACGGUGCCCAUCUUCAUCAUCAUGUCCCUGUCCCCGUUCUCCGAAACGCCCUGUCCGUCCGCCAGCACCAUAAUAAAGAACCGGAACACCACCUACAUCACCCUGGGCGCCGUGCAGCCCAGCGACAUCCGCAACAAGGUCUGCCUGGACCUCAACGUCAAGGGCAUCCCCAAAGACCUGGACCUGUACCUGGUGGAGGGCAGCUGCGGGAUCCCCUUCUACUGCGAAGAGCUGCUCAAGAACCUGGACCUGCACCGCGUGCUCGUCUUCCAGCCGGUGGAGUCUGAGGAGAAGACCAACGUGACCUGGAAGAACCUGUUCAAGAACGUGGCUAAGCCGACAGAGGAGUUAAAGAGAUUCACCCUCACCGGCGAGGAGGGGAGCAAGGAGAUCUGCAAGCUCGCCAGAGGCGUCAGGCUGAAGAACCUGUCCCCGCCAGCUUCGCUGAAAGAGAUCUCCCUGGUCCAGCUGGACAGCAUGAGCCUCUCCUACCAGAUGCUGGUGCGAUGCGCGGCCAUCAUCGGCCUGACCUUCACCACCGAGCUGCUGUUCGAGAUCCUCCCCUGCUGGAACAUGAAGAUGAUGAUCAAGGCCCUGGCCGCCCUGGUGGAAUGCAACAUCUUCGACUGCUUCCGCAGCGGCAAGGAGCUCUGCCGGUCUCCGACGCAGAACGCCACCUCGUUUGAGGUGAAUUUCCGCUCCCUGUCUCUGAGGCCCACUGAAGGAAUGGCCAACCAGGUGGACGAGGAGCUCCGGGAGCUGGAGAACAAGGUCAUCGAGUGCCACAUCAUCCGCUUCUGCAGGCCGAUGAUGCAGAAGACCGCCUACGAGCUGUGGCUGAAGGACCAGAAGACGGACAUGCACCUGAAGUGCGCCCGCUACUUGGAGGACAGGGCGCACAAGUGCGACCACUGCCACGGCGGGGACUUCAUCCCCUACCACCACUUCACCGUGGACAUCCGGCUCAACUCCCUGGACGUGGACUCCAUCCGGAAGAUGGCUAACGUUCAGGACCUCAGGCCUGAAGAACACACCAACUUUUCCAGAAUAGAGAUUCCGGGAAACCUGGAGGUCUUCCCGGAAAAUUGCAGCUCCGAGGAGAUCACAGAAAAGGUCCUGAGCUUCUUCGACGUCCUCAUAACCAAGAUGAGCCCGUCGCAGGAGGACAUCAUCCCGCUGGAGUCCUGCCACUGCGAGGAGAUCCUGGAGGUGGUCGUCAUGCCCUUGGCCCACCACUUCCUGGCCCUGGGAGAGAACAGCAAGGCCUUGUACUACUUCCUGGAGGCGGCGUCCGAGUACCUCAUCCUGAGGGACAACUACAUGGCGUACACCUACCUGAACGAGGGGGAGCGGCUCCUGAAGACGCUCAAGAACGAUAAGUCUCAGAGUCAUGUUUUCGAGUCCGCCACCUUCUACAGCCUCAAAGGCCAGGUCUGUUUCAACAUGGGCCAGAUGGUGCUGGCCAAGAAAAUGCUGAGGAAGGCCCUGAAGCUCCUCAACCGGCCCUUCCCUUUCAACUUGGUCUCCGUGCUUUUCUACACCCGCGUUGAGAAAAACAAACACUUCCAUUACAUGAAUCAGCAGGCCAAACAGAGCUCCCCGCCAGGGAAGAAGAGGCUGGCGGAACUUCACCAGCAAACCACCUGCUUCUUCUUGCUGUGGAAGAUCUACAACCUCAAUUACUUUUUCCACUGCCAGUACUACGCCUACCUGGCGGUUCUGAUGGGCAUGAACGCCGCCCUGGAAACGCAGGACGAUCUCCAGAUCGUGAAGGCCUACCUGGAGUACUCGCUGCACUGCCAGGUGACCGGCCAGGAGGACGUGUGGCUCAAGUACGAGGUCCUGGCCAUAGAGCGGAUCUUCAGGCUCCCCAUGACCGACGUGGGCAGCGGGAUCGUGGCGUACGUGGCUGACCUGCUGGGCUACACGAAGGUCAUCAUGGGCCACUUGGACUUGGCCAUCGACUUAGGCUCUCGGGCCCAGAAGAUGUGGGCGCUGCUCCGGAACCCCAACGCGCAGUAUAAGGUCCUCUGCUGGCUCAGCAAAUGUCUCCUGAUGAAAACCAGGUACAAGCCGAUGAUCCAGGUGCUGGGGUGGCUGUGGGACCUGGCCGUGACCGAGAACCAGAUCUUCAGCAAGGCGUUCUUCUACCUGGUCUGCCUGGAGAUCAUGCUCUACGCCGGCUUCACGUACAGGGCGUUCGACGAGUGUGUGGGCUUCAUCCGCUGCAACGAGGACAACCGGAUCCUCAAGUUCCAAAGCGGGAUCCUGCUGGGGCUCUACUCGUGUGUGGCUAUCUGGUAUGCCCGACUGCAGGACUGGGACAUGUUUCAGAUAUUUUUCAACAAAGCUAAGAACCUCGUGCCGAGAAGGACACCCUCAGCGCUCUACUUCCAGGGCAUCUGCGGGUUCAUGGAGUGCCAGGUCCUGCACCUGCAGAAGGAGAUCGAAGAGUGCGCGGAGAACGCCCAGGACAGCGGCGUGCAGCUGCUCAAGAACCUGGAGCACCUGGUGGCUCAGAACAUCACGGGCACGGUCUACUUCCCAAGGCUCUACCACCUGAUGGCCUACGUGUGUCUCCUCAUGGGCGACGGGCAGAACUGCGACCUCUUCCUGGACACGGCCCUGCAGCUCUGCGAGGCCCAGGGGAACCUGCUGGAGAUGCACUGGCUGAACAUGAGCAGGGAGUGGUGGUACUCCAGCUCCGAGCCGACCGAGAACCUCUGGCCCCUGACACUGCAAGGCCUCCCGUCGUGGCACGCGGUUGUGACCGGCCAGGUGAGCCUGCAGGAGAUCCAGAAGAACAAAUUCCUCAUGAGAGUGAACAUCCUGGACAACCCUUUCUGACGUGUCCCGGAAAAGCAGCAGAGAGUCUAGGAAGCCUCGUCCGUGACUCACCUUUCCCUGCGGCCCGCACCCUCCCGGGGCGCCCACAAACCUCACCCGUUUGCACGCGGACCUGGCGGGCGGGCGGCCCGGCCCUGCUGAGGGUCCGCCGGCGCCCUGCGGUGCCUGGCUCUCCUCCG